UGCUCCUCGCGCAUGCGUGGCAAUGGGACGAUGGCCCGGCCUUGAGUGGACAGUGCUCGUCCUGCGGGGGAUGAAUGGUAGAAAUGACCGCGGAGUCCUAUGAAGAAAUCCUGCAGUGAUGGUGGUAUGACGAUGGUGUAUUAUUGAUACUGCUCUGGCCAUGGCGGAUAGCGUUAGAACAUUCCUUCUGGAUGUAGUUAAGGGGAUAGGCGAUUCUGUAUUUGGAAUUCGAACAAUCUCCAAGCUCGACGAGCGGAUUCACCAGAAGCGAGAAGAACAAAGAAAGAAGAAGGAACAACGCAGUGCACUGGCACACCGCAGGGCCCAGAGUGAAGAGAAGAGGGAGGAGAAUGAGCCUCGAAUAGCAAACAGGAUUGUGCAAUGCUGUGCCUGGAAUGGAGGGAUAUUCUGGUUGAGUAUCUUUGUCUUUUACCGGGUCUUUAUCCCUCUGCUUCAAGCCAUCACGGCACAUAUUAUUGGUGAUCCAUCAUUACAUGGAGAUGUCUGGUCCUGGUUGGAAUUUAUCCUGAACUCCACCUUCAGUGCUUUGUGGAUAUUGCCUCUCUUUGUCCUCAGUAAAAUUGUGAAUGCCAUCUGGUUUCAGGACAUUGCCGAUCUAGCAUUUAAAGUGUCUGGGAGGAAAGCACAACCCUUCCCCAGCAUCAGUAAGAUUAUCGCAGACAUGCUCUUCAACCUGCUGCUGCAGGCCUUGUUCCUCAUUCAGGGUCUGAUUAUGAGUCAUUUUCCUAUUGAAGUGAUCGGACAGCUAGGUAGCCUGUUCCACAUGUCAAUGCUGUAUUCCCUCUACUGCUUCGAAUACAAGUGGUUCAACAAUGGGGUGGAGAUGCACCAACGCUUGUCAAAUAUUGAAAGGAAUUGGCCCUAUUACUUUGGUUUUGGAUUACCUUUGGCAAUCCUCACUGCUCUGCCCUCAUCCUACGUGAUCAGCGGCUGUUUGUUCUCCAUUCUCUUUCCUCUGUUUAUAAUAAGUGCAAAUGAAGCAAAGGUCCCAGUGAGGUCAUUUCAUUUUCAGCUGCACCUCUUCUCCUUUGUGAUCAUGCUCAGCAACAAACUUUUCCACAAGACAGUUCACAUUCAAACUGCCAUGACAGCAACGGGAUCAUCUGAACACCUGCCAUCUCCUCAUCCGUCCCCCGCCAAACACAGAUCCGCGAUGCAGCAGUAAACACCAGUUCAGGGCUCCUGGCCUCCUGCCCCUUUUGCACUGGGUACACUUAAAGUUUCAUCUCCUAUUGUAGGCGGGACAGUUUUCCUGGAGAUGAGUAGCCACGUUUCGCUUGCGUGCCUACAUGUGGCCCUGCUAUUGCGUCCUGUCCGAACCUGAAUCUGUGCAGAAUUUUCCCUCCUGCCGCAAAGCUGGGAGGUAGAUUUGAACUACCAUCCAAUUUUAAUGAGGUAAAUUUUAUGUGAGAAAGCAUUUUAUAGAAGAUUUAUGAGUGAGACAGAAUUUGCAGCAAAUACUAGCUGACGUGCCUAAAUGUAACAUUUUUGUACACAUUUGUGCCAAGUAAGUGAUUUACAGAAAUACAGUGCUUUGGUUUAUUGUUGUUGGGAGGGAGGGAGGGAGGGAGGGAGGGGUGGGGAAAUAAAAGGAACUGCGUGUGGGAUUGUUAAAAUGUAACUCUGCUUGUGUCAGUAUUGGUCUCGGUUCAGAUAACCAUCAGGGAUAUCUUAAUGAAACAGUAACGUGUUCUUGCUCAAUAUUAAACCAAUAAUAAUUAUGGUAAGUAUAUUAGUGAUCCUAUUGAAUUAAUGAAGAAGCCUGAUUUGUGUUUAUUCUUUCUUUGAAAAUUGGCUAUUUUGAAGAUGGAGAAUGGUGUACUGUAGUGGACUUUACAAAAUCGUGCUCCGUGACUGAAAUACUUUAACUUAAUGCAAGAUUAUUUCUGUUGGGGUUGCCCAAAAUCUUACCUUGUGGUUAGAAUUGAUGGUGUUCGCAUCACUGACAGUUGGAUCUAUAAGAGUCACAUAUAAAGUACACACUCUCCAGGCACAUGAGUCUAGUUCACUUGCACUAAUCUCUGACUCGGAGUAAAGCUACUCCAAUGUUGGUCUACCAGGCCAUCAAAAGACGUUGGUUGCUCUUCUGCUGAACUCUUUGCCACAGUGGGUGUUUCAUUUAAAGUCGAUUGCAAAGUGAUCCAAAAAUUAUUUGAUAGUAACCACAAAGUAUGGGGAACCCGGACUUCUGCACCAGUAAUGUUCAAUGCAAGUGAUCCUGAUGGUCAGUCGGUCAAGAUUGUUGUCGUAAGUCUAUUGAGAGAACCCGUUCUAAUUUACAAAGUAAUGCUAUUUGUGUUAAGGGGUAAAUUGAAUAAACAGUUAGUUUAAUUGUCCAGCAUGUAUGUAGAUUUCAUUGACUUCAUAGAAUAGUUGCACAGAAUGUAAUCCAUUGGCCCAUCGAGUCUAUUUAAUGUUGACCCGUUUUGUGUUUGAAGUGUGCAAAUUGUAUGAGAUUCUGGUAACUGAAAGAUCAAGUGCCACCUUCUCCCAGUCAAUCAUCCAUGUGGUAAGAUCAUGCUGUAUAAAUAUUGAGGUUUAGAACACUUUUGUGCUUUUUGACAUUUUUCCUCUGGAUUUUGCCGUUGUCCAGUGACCUUGUGCUUCCCAGCCAACAGAUAGUUGUUUGAAUCAGGCUAAGAUAUUUCAAUAAUAAUGGUUUUCCUUUCGCUUGAUUUUGAGGUGUAGCCAAAUAAAAAAAAUUAAAAAUUUAAAAAA